GUGCUGGCAAGGGGGCCUGACUUAAGAGGAGGAAAUUUGUGCAGAAAGAAACCAGCUCUAAGACCUUCACCAGCAUUAGUCUCCAAAGCUACAGCCAUCCAGGAUUCAAACACAGCCCUCUGUUCACCUGAACCCGCUCCGCUAAUGAGCUCGUGGGUGAAGAGAAGGGUCUGUCCCCAUGACCAGCCACCAGCAGAUGCCCCUGUUGGCCCCCUGGUCUCAUGUGUUCUCUCCAGGUGCCCAUUCCCUGUGCUGGAUCCCAGGGUUCUUGUGGGGCCACUGUCCUGGGGCUGGUGGUUUCCUCUAAGCCUGGAUGUGGCGGUCUCACCCCCUCUCCUCCUGCAGUUAGCAGCGGCUCGGUAACAGUGAACGCUGACUCAUCAGUUCAGUUACUGGCUGAAGAGGCUGUGUCGCUGGACAUGCUGGAUUUGGGGGCGGCCAAGGCAAACUUGGAGAAGGCACAAUCGGAGCUGUCAGGGGCAUCCGACGAGGCCAUGAGGGCUGAGAUCCAAAUCCGAAUUGAGGCCAACGAAGCCCUGGUGAAGGCUCUGGAGUAGGCGGUGCGUGCUCCUCGCCGGUGUCAGCGGGGAAACCAAGGCCCAGAGUGGGACAGGGGCUGGAACCAGCUCUCAUGGGUCCAGUAUGAGGGUGGGGGCAACCCCUCUGGGAGGUAGCCAUCCUUGCCAGUGAGGCCACCAGGGGGCAGCAAAUUGCUAGCUUCUCCCAGUGCAUACCCCCUGGGCCCAGGGCUGGUGGCAAGGGUGAGCUCAGAGACCCUGCUCUGCUCUUGGGGGGACUGUCACCUAGGGGAUUUGCCUCCCACCUCCAAAGACCCCACCAACCUGACCUGCUGCCCUCCACCCUCAUGCUGUAGAGACCUCUCCUCCCUCCUGCCUUCUCUGGACUGCUUAUCCCCAGUGUGCACCCCAUUAAAGACCAGGGACCCCA